UCCUGCCCUCAGGACAUCCUCUCCAAUCCACCAUACACCACCUUACCCCUCUGCUGGCAAGAGGGGACCUGAUUUAUCCUCACGCUAAACGCUCAUUCUAUCCAACUGAUUGAGACAGAACAGAAGAUAAACUGAAACUUCUCUGUCUUCCCACUGCAAGAGUGAAUGAGCGAUCCCUCUCAACUGACUCAAAAUGUUUGCCUCACCCAGGAGAUGGAGCUCGCGAAGGCCUUCUCUGGCCAGCGGACACUCCUGUCUGCCAUCCUCAGCAUGCUAUCACUCAGCUUCUCCACAACAUCCCUGCUCAGCAACUACUGGUUUGUGGGUACACAGAAGGUGCCCAAGCCCCUGUGCGAGAAAGGUCUGGCAGCCAAGUGCUUUGACAUGCCGGUGUCCCUGGAUGGAGACACCACCAACACAUCCACCCAGGAGGUGGUACAAUACAACUGGGAGACUGGGGAUGACCGGUUCUCCUUCCGGAGCUUCCGGAGUGGCAUGUGGCUAUCCUGUGAGGAAACUGUGGAAGAACCAGCUAAAGGGGAGAUGGAAGAGGAAUUUAAAAAAUGUGUGUAUUUACAUUUAUAUUUAUUAUUGUGCCACUUAGCACUGCUCCAUCCCCAGUCCUGGAAACAAUUUAGAGCCCUUCGGUCCAGUGGUACAGCGGCAGCAAAAGGGGAGAGGUGCCGAAGUUUCAUUGAACUUACACCACCAACCGAGAGAGAAAUCCUAUGGUUAUCCCUGGGAACGCAGAUCACCUACAUCGGACUUCAAUUCAUCAGCUUCCUCCUGCUACUAACAGACUUGCUGCUCACUGGGAACCCUGCCUGUGGGCUCAAACUGAGCGCCUUUGCUGCUGUUUCCUCUGUCCUGUCAGGUCUCUUGGGGAUGGUGGCCCACAUGAUGUAUUCACAAGUCUUCCAGGCGACUGCCAACUUGGGUCCGGAAGACUGGAGACCACAUGUUUGGAAUUAUGGCUGGGCCUUCUACAUGGCCUGGCUCUCCUUCACCUGCUGCAUGGCAUCGGCUGUCACCACCUUCAACACGUACACCAGGAUGGUGCUGGAGUUCAAGUGCAAGCAUAGUAAGAGCUUCAAGGAAAACCCGAACUGCCUACCACAUCACCACCAGUGUUUCCCUCGGCAGCUGUCAAGUGCAGCCCCCACCGCGGGUCCUUUGACCAGCUACCACCAGUAUCAUAAUCAGCCCAUCCACUCUGUCUCUGAGGGAGUCGACUUCUACUCCGAGCUGCGGAACAAGGGAUUUCAACGAGGGGCCAGCCAGGAGCUGAAAGAAGCAGUUAGAUCAUCUGUAGAGGAAGAGCAGUGUUAGGAGUUAAGCGGGUUUGGGGAGUAGGCUUGAGCCCUACCUUACACGUCUGCUGAUUAUCAACAUGUGCUUAAGCCAA